AUGCACGCCAGGACCAUCCUUUCUGUCAUCUCCGCCGCGAUCGCCGCGAUGCCCGCAUUCUCGGCCCCGCUCGGCGUAAAUGUUGACGGGUUGUUCAACCGCUCCUUCGUUGAGGCUGAGCGCCGCGAACACCGCAAGCGGCAGUACUGA